AUGUCUACCGCCGUUAAGAGGGCCUGCGACGCCUGUCACCGUCGCAAGGUCAAGUGCGAUGGCAUUAACCCGUGUCGUAACUGCGCCUCGGCUCAAUUAGGCUGCACGUACAAUGCGAUCCCACAGAAGAAAGGUCCGAAGGGGUCGAGGGCCAAGGUCAUCAGCGAGUUGCGCGAGACUCAACGACAGACAAGCCUUUCAGCAAAGGUCCAGAGCCGAUUGAACGGCAUCAACAGUCCUCCAUGCAGCCCGAUCUCGUUGUCGCCGACUCCCGGACUCCUGGCUAGCGAGAUGGCCAAGGACUGCACCGAGUUCUUCUUCGCCAAUAUGUACCCGAUCAUGCCCAUCCUCAACCGCCAGCGACUCGAGCAACAGGCCAUGUUCCUGGACCAGAACCUCGACACGUAUUGUCUCUUGACUUCGCUAUGCGCCUACAUGAUGUUCCAGCCUGGCAUGAGCCUGCCCGGCGCCGAUCCGCUGCUGGAACAUAUGCCAGGGGCUCACAUCGUUUCCGGGACAUUGCUGAUGGAGGAGACGGUCCGAGUACGAAAGGGAUUCGACUACCUCGAGACACCGAGUCUGAACACUCUCUGCACCAGUUACUUCCUUUUCUGCUCAUACUACGCUCUCGAUAUGCACGACAAGGCUUGGUUCCACCUGCGUGAAGCCACGACAUUAGCCCUCAUGAUUGGGAUGACGAAGGAGGAAACAUAUUUGCAGUAUGACAGUAUAGAAUCAUCCCGACGUCGACGCCUCUAUUGGCUGUUGUUUGUAACGGAAAGGGCGUAUGCCUUGUCGCGUGGCCGUCCUUUGACUCUGCCGGCUUCCAUCAGCCUCCCGACCAUGACUGAUGAUCCGACGGACCCCCUGGCCCAUCAACUGAAUGGCUACCUUCUUCUGGUCAACCUAUUCCGACCUUUCGACGACACAUUCAUCGCUUUAUGGAACAAGACGCGUGGCGAGUGCUCGCCGUCCUACCUGGGCGCUCUGCAGAAGCAGUUUUCGGAUCUCAUCCCGGCCUACAUGAAUGGACAGGAGGCAGAUGUACGAACGGUCCAGCAAUGGCUGAAGGCGAUCACCUGGCAAAUAAGUAUGCAGCAUGGCUGCAUGCCGCAGAACAACCAGGACCAGCUUCACUACCAGGUGGAUAUGUCGCGGGACAUCAACUCAGUGACGUCUCAGUUCCAAACCCAGAGCUUGGAGACACUCGGUGUGCCGCUUGUCGCCAAGUUGCUAGAAACCUCAUCUGCACUUGCCAACGUACUCGCUGUGCAGCCGUCAUCAGGCGAUCCUUUUACGAUGGGUCCUCGGGAACAUCUCACCUCGCUGGUCCAGCUUUUGUCGAUUCUUCGCAGCGGCGACCAUCACUUCCUACCCUUAUUGCUGAACAAGGUCCACGACAUCCUGCCACGCCUCGCCAAUCCCAUGCUAUUGCGGGCUCCGGAGAAUGCGUGCAUGCCAAAUAUCGACAUAUUUGAUGGGUUUGGCAACGCCGGAAUGGGUCAGCCGCCAAUGAUCACCAACUUCAAAACCGAGCCAUACACGCCUAGUGGUAUUUCGCACCUCCAGGACAUCCCAGCAGCGGAACCAACGAGCUCGAAUGGGGGACCACAGACUGACAUGAAGUCUCCAUUUCCGAUGGUUAGCUCGCCAGCCAUCAUGUCUCCCGGCGGAGAAUACCCUCACUGCCCUGACUAUAACUCCAUACCGGAUAUGGUCAUGAGCCCAAUAGCUCAGGCCUCACAGUCCUCCCUCAGCCAGCAGGGACAGAUUCCUCAGCAGCAGCAACCCCAACAUCAACACCAACAUCAGCACCAUCUACAUGGGUUAGCACCCCAGGGCAUGCAUCAGAACCACAGCAUGGGCAGUCAGAUGCAGCCCGACUUACACAACAAUCUCGGUCAUGGAUUGCAUCAAGCGCCUAACAUUGCGAGCCUGAGCCAGCAGCAAGACUUGCCGCGAGAUCAACCUUACAAUCACAUGAACCAGAGCAUUAUGAAUAAUAUGCUUCAUCGACAACCACCACAGCGCGCGAAUAGCUUCAUCAUGCAUCAAUCUCUACAACAGCAGCAGCAGCAGCAGCAGCAGCAUCACCAACCCCAAAUACCGAGAACUGUCGGAGACUUCCACGCAUUACAGCGGGCGAACUCGGAGAACGUCACGAUGAACUCUCUGGGUCUUAAUCAGAUGCAACCGGACAUGGACUUCAGUGGCCUUGGAUAA